CCGCCGAGGCGUCGCGGCGGGUCCACGUUGCUUCGUUCGGCACCAGCUACUUAGUGACAACUGACAAGGUUCAGUUUCAGAAGCUUCAGCAACUGCGACUCACACAGUACCACGGAGGCUCCUUACCAAAUGUGAGCCAGCUUCGGAGCAGUGCCUCAGAGUUUCAGCCAUCAUUUCACCAGGCUGACACGGUCCGUGGAACCCGGCACCAUGGGCUGGUGGAGAGGGCAGCGAGGAGCCGCUUCCACCCGCUGCACCGAAGGCCCGCAGACAAGCCUGGGCGACAGAUAUCCUUUUCACUGUCUGAGGGCAGCGUAAGUUCUGAGUGUUUGAAAGGUUUUCGCAAUUUAUCCUCCUUGACAUCUUCAUUUUAUCUGAUGAAUGGAGGCAAUAAAAGUAAUUAGAGCUCAAAACUAGAAACAUCUCUAUGGUCAAAUCUGGAAAGAUUGUUAUGGGUGUUUGCUUUAUGAAAGCAUUGAUAAAGUUGAGUUUAAUGAGAUAACCGAAUAUAAACAUGUAAUUCAGCUUCAUCAUCAGGCAUUUCAACAUUGAUUUCAGAAAUCGGCAAAGUCAGAGUUAAGCCCGACCUUGAAUCAAGUUAGAUUUCUUCUAUUGAGCAAAAGUGGAUAGACAGAUUUGUGAUUUAUUUUUAUUUCUGUUGACCUGCUGACCUGGUUUUGGGAACUUAAAGAUGAGAUCUCCUACGAUUUUCUAUUUGUAGAGUUUCAUACUCAAUAAAUGACAAUCAAAAUAUAAACUUGGAAUUUAGGGAAAUUCUAAUCUAAUGAUGUAUACAAACUCUGUGUUGCUAAGUAACAAUAAAGAAAAGGAGACUGAAUUAAUCUGACAGUUUUAUUUAACCAUUGCAGGUUAGGAAGUGGAGGAGCAGGAUGCUGGGGUGGGGGUGGGAUCACUGCUGUGUGACAAGCUUAGAGCUGAGGGCACUGGGGACACAGAACUGAGCUGGAUGUCAUGGGAGAGGAUCCAGAGGUAUGCCAAGGGCCCUUUGCUCUCACUUCACCCUUCUCGGCACACAGCAGGGUGGAGGAAGGAGGAGAAGGCGUGGCAUGUCUCCCUGAAGAGACUGAAUUCCUGGCAGUGAUGGCAAAGCUGGCUUCACAGCCCAGAGAAGGAAAUGGGGGAGGGCGCUGGUGUUUACUGAGCACCUACCCAUGCCAAGCACUGUGCUGAGCAAGUGAUAUGUCAUUUAGUCCUCAGAACUCACUGAGUCAUCUAUUUUGUUAACUUUCAUCUUCCCUUGAGGAAACUGAGCAGCAGUGACUGCUCAGGGUUUUGCUGCCGUGGCCUGAGGAGGCUGGGCUUGGUCCAGGCCCCUGACAACCCAGUCUGCAACCUGGCUUCCUAUGCCACACUGUAUACUCCUUAGGCGUGAUGAGGGCCAUGGACACAGAGACCCCAUGUGAGAAGUUGUGAGAGGCACACAGAGAAAGCCCUGAGAAAUGCCUGCUUUGUAGUUUUGUACUUCAUGUGGCCAUUUUUAGGAAGAAUGAAGGUGGUAAGUGAUCUUGAGAAUUCCUUUUUGGAAUGUGUGAUAACUUGGACGCAAUGCAAAAGGUAAAAGAGGAUUGAAGCAAUUCAGUUAACUCGCCUUUUCUUAAUUGCUUGAAAUUUUCAAACAAAAGUCAAUGUUCCUUUUCUUGAUUUAAUAAUAUACCUUUUUUCAAUUUCUCAGUUCCUUCUUUCUCUUUUCAAGGCUCUCUAUAUUAUAUAUUUUACUAUGUGUAUUAUAUAUAGAGAUGUGUACUAUAUACAUGACCAUCAUAGAUACUUUUUGAAGUAAGUAUAGCUUAAAUGUAGACACACACACAUACAGCUUUAAUAACGAAAGGAGCUCUCUUGCCAUUGUUAAAGGCAUCCUGGCAGCUCUUUCCCUAAUAAAGCCUUGCCUUGGGUGGAAAAAAAAAAUAAUGAAAGGAGUAGAGGAUGGAGGAAUUGAAGAAAAGAGAAAGGAGUUGUUUAUUUACUUAAAAACUAUUUGUGAAGUAUCUACUAGUGGCCAGGCAAUGUCUUAGACCUUGUAAACAUGACAGCAGACUUCCAUGGCCCCUGUCUUCCUGUUGCUUCUUGUCAAAUGAAAGAGGCUAAAGCCAGAAGUGGUCACACACAUGGUGUCAGGGGCCAAGACACCUUGGUGUGGGGUGGGCACAUAGGAGGGGCCACUCAAGCCCGUCUUGGGAACAGAGAAGGUGCCUGGAGGGACAUUGUCCUACCUUCUUGAGUUUAUACUCCUUUUGGGAGAUAACAGACAGCAAAAAGGCAAAAAUAAUUGAGGAAAGUUACCUUAGAGGGUGAAUUAUGAUCCUGAGAGUAGGCAGCUGGGAAGGGAGUGCUGUGACAGAGGGUUUGGAGUAUGCACAGACCCAACAGAGGAGAUGGCAGUGUGUGUUCAGGGGACCUUGUCUCUGACUGAGCCAGCUUGUGAGAGCAUCAGCAAACCUCGUCACUCCAAAUGAAUGCACAGAUAAAGUUCUUCACCAGAGUGUGAGUCUGACUCAGAUCAUGAGCUGUCUUUCUGUGGUCUCCUCUUUAAGCCCUAAUUGGGGUCCUGGCACUGGAUAUCGAUGCAGAAAAAGUCCUUCAGCCCAUGGAUGCCCACAAAUGAAGCAGUGAGUCCCUCUUGAGGAAUCAAGGAACCAUGCACCCCAACAAAAUAUAAAUGUGGGGUGAUUUUACAUUGGAGGUGUUAUUUAUUCAAGAGAACUUAGAGGGGGAGAACUGAGUCCUUUUCUUUCAUGACCUGUAUUCUGUUUGUUUUGAAAUAAUUUGCUUAAAAUUGUUACUUUUCACAUUUGUCUAUUAUGUUUUUUUGUUUUUUGGUACCAGAGAUCGAACUCGGGUCCUUGAGCUUGCAUGGCAGACGCCAGAACCACUGAGCUAAAUCCCCAGCCCUGUCUGUUACCUUUUUAUGAAGUUUUAUUGUUUAAAAGUAUGAAAACUGGUUUGAAUUCUAUUGGUACAAACAGAAAAGAUGUAUAUCAAAUUCUCUUGUUUACAGUUAUUUCUUGGCUUGAGCAUGAUUUUAGGAUGGGCUUAGAUAAGAGCUCAGCCUGGGGGUACAUUGAUCCCACAUAAAACAGACAUUGUUCAGCACAUACUCAAGCUUCCUCUCAGAGUGGGCAGCCCAGCAGGCAGAGCUCGGGCACAGAGAUUCCUUUGGCAGUGGGCAGCCACACUGCAGAUUGCUGGGGCAGUGGGUUGUGCUGUUGGCACAGGCAGUGGCCACAACCAAGACGACGGUGCUAGCAGCUCUAGGCCCCAUCCCCAUAUAUAGGCAGGGGAACAGAGCUGCCAGUGCUUGUUUCAGGUAGGGGCCUGGGCAGGGAGCUUGGAGUAGAAGCUCAUGAACCUUCCCGUAGUGCCCAUGCCUUUAGCAGCCCUGCUCACUCCUCGCUCUCAAGGGCAGCAAAUGUGAUUUAUCCCCAAAGCUAUCUUGUUGAGUUUCUGAACUAUUUUCAGAAGUUUACAGCAAAUGAAAUAUUUUCUCAGACCCAUGGGUAAUGCAUUGAAAAAGAAGAGGACAAACUAAAGAAUCACAGACAGUGCCUUCUUCUAAAAGUGAUCUGUAUUUUGAAAGGCAGAAAAAUAAAUGUUUAGGAAGUUUCCUAACAAAUGGAGAGCUCACUAGUGUGAAUGGCCCUAAAGACAUGCCAGAGUUAGGGAGGAUCCUCCUCUCUGGAGUGGGCCUUGCUUCUAAAUUUUAGAGCACAGAUUUGUAGGACACUGUUUCUUGACAUGCAUGGCCUAUUAAAUUUGAGAAAUAUUGUGUUCUCUUUCCCCUUUUGGAGCCUCACAGUGCAUUGUGGUGCUUGGAGAAGCUCUGCAGGACUGAUCCUCAGUUUUUCCAGCUGUAAAAUGGGGGAUAAUGUCAUCUGCCUUCCAGGAUUGUUGUUAAAAUGAAAUGAGAGUACAGACUCACCAGGACAGGGCUGACACAUAUACAUUUGGAGCCAAUUACUCUUCACAGCCCCUGGAUGAGAGUUGGCCGAGGCAGCAGACUCUUUGGAAAGAAGAAAAGCAUCCUGGGUUCAGAUUAACAUCUGCACUUAACAGGACCAAUUCCGAUUCUGCUCUGCACACGAGUGCCCUGAGCACCAAGCCCCAGGACCCCUAUGGAGGAGGGGGCCCAUCGGCCUGGCCUACCCCGUACAUGGGUUUCUGUGAUGGGGAGAAUGAUGGCCCAGGGGAAGUAGUGUCAUUCCCUGGUCCAUUGAAAGAAGAGAAUCUGUUAAAUGUCCCGAAGCCACUGCCAAAGCAACUAUGGGAGACCAAGGAGAUCCAGUCCGUGUCAGGGCGUCCUCGAUCCUGUGAUGUCGCAUGUAGCAAUGCGCUCCCCCAUAAUGGGCAAAACAUAGGCCUCUCACCCUUCCUGGGGACCCUGAACACAGGAGGAUCAUUACCGGAUCUGACCAACCUCCACUGCUCGGCACCACUGCCAGCCUCUCUGGACCCUGGCGACCACCUCCUAGGCAGCAUGAGUGUGGGGAGCAGUGUGGGUAACCUCCCUGCUGCCAUGACUCACCUAGGGUUAAGAAGCUCCUCUGGUCUGCAGAGUUCUCGGAGUAACCCCUCCAUCCAAGCCACGCUCAAUAAGAUAGUGCUUUCCUCUUCCCUAAAUAGCCACCCACAGACAUCUGUCGCCAGUGUGUCUGCUCUGCACCCUUCGCUGCGUCUGUUUUCCCUUAGCAACCCGUCUCUUCCCACCACAAACUUGAGCGGCCCCUCAAGGCGCCGGCAGCCUCCUGUCAGCCCUCUCACACUCUCUCCCAGCCCAGAAGCACAUCAAGGCUUCAGCAGACAGUUCUCUUCCACCAGCCCACUGAACCCGUAUCCUGCCUCCCAGAUGGUGUCCUCAGAGCAAAGGCCACUGUCCUUCCUGCCCUCUGAAGCUCAAGCCCAAGUUUCCCCACCUCCCCCCUACCCCACAUCCCAGGAGCUCCCACAGCCCCUCCUGCCGCAGCCCCACUCCCAGGAGCCCCCUCCUCCGCAGCCCCAGGCUGCCUCAUCCCUGCCCCAGUCAGACUUCCAGCUUCUCUCGUCCCAGGGCACAUCUUUGACCAACUUCUUCCCAGACUUGGGGUUUGACCAGCAGUCUGUGAGGCCAGGCCCAGCCUUUCCCCCACAGAUGCCCCUGGCACAGCAAGGUCACCAAGAAGCACAGGACUCAUUUCACUUGAGACCAAACCCAUAUUCCAACUGUGGGAACUUCCCGAAUGCCAUCAUGACCGAAGAUUCGAACACCAGCCUGUUCAAAGACCUCAGCAAUGCGCUGGCAGGCAUGCCCGAGGUCAGCCUGAACAUGGACACUGCGUUUCCACUAGAAGAGGAGCUCCAGAUUGAACCCCUGAGCCUAGAUGGACUCAACAUGCUAAGUGACUCCAGCAUGGGUCUGCUCGACCCCUCUGUGGAAGAGACAUUUCGAGCUGACCGACUGUGAGCAGGAGGCCACAGAAGGAAGAUUUCUGAACCAACCAAACUAGAGUGGAAUAGAGUGGAGCCAGUGACCUCCUAGGACUUUAGUUAUUUCCACACAGAAGGCACCUAUUCCUCAGCUCCAGGCUUUCAUGUGGUUCCAUCUCGGAUGCCAUGGCUUCUCUAGACACAGAACUACGUCCUGCUUCUUGGGCCUGCACACACAUUGUGCUGCUGCUGUGGAGCUUCUGGGGACCUGGAAAGCUUGUUCCCUGAUGUAUCCAUCUCUUUACUGGCCAUUUAGUCAGUCUGUGUGUAAAAGUAGAGAAUCUCACGUAACAGGAGGCCAAUAUAGCAUUGUGUUGUGCUCAGAACCACUGAUCUCAGUCUGCACUGAGGACAGCCUGGUGUGGGAGUUUGUCGGGGCCAUGAGCCUCAGAGCUGUCUCAGCAUCACAUGACGGUACUGGAGCACCACACUGCCUUUGCUGACCUGGCCUUGAAGGCGAGGUGCCUUCCAGCUGGUGGACAUUCCAGGGCUUAGCUCAGAGCCAUGCCAGCAAGCCAGGCUCUCUCGGAUGCCUUACUUAUCAUAUGAAGAAGUUUAACCACCAAGCCAAGGACAGGCUUGAGUCAGGCAAACUGAAUGCUAGUUUGUUUCCUACCAGUCUGUAAUCUCUUCUGCUGCUUUACACCUUUUCCUUAAGGACAGGAGGAAAAGGAAGACUUAUUUUAUUCGGCCACUGAAAAAGUCCCCUGACAAUGGAUAAGCCUGAGAAGAACUGUGCUCCUUCUCAGAGGCUGGGGAAGAAAGGAGGGGCCACCAUAGGUAGCCCAAAGACACAGGGGACGAACACCAGACAAGCACAAGCCUCCCUGCCUGCCGGCCAGCUUGGGGCACCCCCAGCACUGAGCUCCUGCUUUGUGAAGUAGGAGUUUCCUAAGCCCUGCCUGACCACAAGCUCCCAGAGGGCAGAGACUGUGCCUUACUACUCACCCAGCCCCUAGUGCCUAACAAGUGCCUGGCAUGGAAACCAUGCUGCAUAACUGCAUGCUGGGUGUACAUGCAUGUGAAUGAGUCUGCCCGGCUGCGAGGUGGUCUUCUGAGCUUAGCUUUCCUAAUGCUGGUUCCUGUGCUCAAGUCACAUCACUUAAUAUGCUUCUAACACUAGAUGGCCAGAUCUAUAGGAGAUGGGCACCUUCUCCUUGAGGUUCUUCUCCAUGGCAGUAGGUGGGAAUUGUCUCCUGAGUGGAUCCAGAAUUGGGGAGCAAACCCAGGCCUCCCAAGGGCUGACACCUGCAGGAUCCUUGUGAGACCUCUGCCUCACGAGAACUUCCUUCUCACAUCCAUGCGUUGGUCUAAAUUGCUUUAAAUAGAAAUUUGCACUGUGAGGUUGGAGUAGUAAGUUCAUAGUAAACAAAGGCCUAAUUCACAUAUUUAUUGUUACUCAUUAAUGCCUUAUCAUACAAUAGUAUGAGUAGAUUUCCAGCAGUGCCUGCCUCCUUGAUCUGAGCCUGGGAGCAGAACCCAUGGUGCCCAGUAGCCCUGCAGAGAGGAGCCAGGCAAUGAGGAGGCAGCAGGGUGGGGAGACCUGAAGGAUGAGGGGCUUUGUGCUGGAGCCUUUGCACCCAAGGCUGUGUGAGGAGCCAACCCCUGUGGGAAUCUGUUCUGUCCCAGCUUGUGAGCUCUCCAGCCUUUGCCUGGUUCUCUUGCGUCUUCAGAGGCCUGACCUCUGACCUUUCCAGCAACUCCACGGUAUAUCACUCCACCUUCCUGAGGACCCAAGAACGCCUGUCUGCCUGUUUGCCCAAGUCUCUGCUGUUGUUAGGAAGUCCUUGCCUGGUUUCCACCCAGAAAGGAGCUGUUGGCCUCCCCUACAAGUCUUAUUCCCAGCUGAAUUCCUAGACACCUCCAUGUUUGAGAUCCCAGAGUGGGGCAACUCUGUUAUAGUAAAAGGGCCUUUCAGUUGGGAUGCUACCCAGCACCCCAGUGUGCCGACAGAAGCCAGCUCCAGUGUCCUGAAAUGGGACGUUGCCAGUCAGGUGCCAGUGUUUUGAGAGUUGUUUUUGUGGAAGUUCCAGCAUAAUCCACUCUUUGCAUAGUGCCUUACUUACCCUUGUGUCAUGGUCCCAGUCUGCUUUGCACAGCAGCCCUGCCUCUACCCCCCCCCCGCCCCCGCAACCCACAGGAGGAGCUAUACUGUCCUGAGGGGUUCUACGGGGGACCAGAAGGGUAGGUGUCCUGGGGAAGGUGGUGAUGAGCACAGUGUGGCUUAGCACUGAAUUAAAUUGACCCCUGGGCCCCUCCCUCUGUUUUCUUGUGAAGGUUUUGGGCAUUAUACAGCCCACCUUGCUGGCUCGGGUUGACACACCAGGGCCAAUGUCACCCUGCCUCGGGGCUUAAGCCUGUGCACACUGCUACCUUUGCAACUAACCAUCCAUGGUCCUCAGCAUUAGAAGUGGCUCCAGACUUCAGAAAAGGCUAUUUUUAAAUAUUUCAUUUUGUCACAAGAAAUCAGUCCUAUUACUCUCAUUUAUUUGCAGUUAAACAGCAUCAAACUAAACGUCUCUCUGUGUUUCCAUUUCGUUUUUCUGUAUUGUGGUUUUGUUUUGUUUUGUUUUGGUACUGGGGAUCGAACUUGGGUCCUUGUGCUUGCGCAGCAGGCGGUGAAACCACUGAGCUAAAUCCCUGGCCCUGUAUUGUAGUUUUUAAGACACAGGGUAUUAGGAGAAGCCUGUCCUGAUCACAUCAGGAUUGCCAUCACUUCUCCUUUACCAUUUCAUUUCUAAGUCUGGUGUGUGUUACCUGAGUGGAGACGUUGUGUAUCCAAGUCCAUGUGUAUAUCGGAAGAACUUCCGUCCUGACUCUCCACGGCUCUUCUGAUUUGUGUGCAGAUGGUUCCAAGCCAGCAGGUCUCCACGGUUGGGAUCAUCUCAGCCACAAAUCAGACUUCUUGCCAGUGUCCUAACUCCCAGGGCCCCUUGUUAAACAAUAUUUAAAGAUUGGAUUUUGUAUAAAGUAGCUUCCAAGUUUUAUAAUUCAUCAUUUUACAUCUUUCGUAAUUAAAAGCAGCACAGUAAAA